AUGCCACUGGUCAAGAGGAACAUUGAGCCCAGGCACUUGUGCCGAGGUGCCCUGCCCGAUGGGGUCACCAGCGAGCUGGAAUGUGUUACCAACAGCACCCUAGCUGCCAUCAUCAAGCAGUUGGGCAGCCUCAGCAGACAUGCAGAGGACAUCUUUGGUGAGCUGUUUAACGAAGCCAACAGUUUCUACAUGCGAAUGAACUCACUGCAGGAAAGGGUGGACCUCUUGGUGAUUAAGGUCACACAGCUGGACUCCACCGUGGAGGAAGUGUCCCUGCAGGAUAUCAACAUGAGGAAGGCUUUCCGGAGCUCCACAAUCCAGAAUCAGCAGGUGGUAUCACGUAACUCCAUCCCCAACCCUGUGAUGGAGAUGUACCAGCGGUGUGACAAGCCCCCGCCACUCAACAUCCUCACGGCCUACAGAGAUGACAAGAAAGAUGGCCUUAAAUUCUAUACUGACCCAUCAUAUUUCUUCAACUUGUGGAAAGAGAAAAUGCUUCAGGCCACUGAGGAUAAGAGGAAGGAGAAACGAAGGCAGAAGGAACAGCGGCUGGUGGAGGACUCCACCAGGGAGGUGAAGAAAGUACGGAAAGCCCGGAACCGGCGGAUGGAGUGGAGCAUGAUGGCAUAUGAUAAGGAGUUCCGGCCCGAUAACAGGUUCUCUCCAUCUCCGUAUCACAUGGCCUCCUCAGAAGGAUCGCUCUCCCCAGAUAAUAGGUCAUAUGCAUCAGACAUCGGCGAUCACUCCUACCCAGCCAGUCCCAACCAUCCAGCCCAGCAGGUGUUGGCACCUGCUCCUCAUCUGCCCAUGGAACACAAAGAGAUCAUCCUGGCCCCCAGCCAGCUCCCGGAGCUGGCCUACCGGCCCACAGCCCCUGGCAGUCGGCAGAACAGCCUUGGCCGGGUCCAACAGCCCCAUGUGCCACAGCCUCCGGAUCCAAUACUGAACGGACCCAGGCCUCAGCUGAUCAAGGACUAUGGGUCCCAACAAGUGCCCAUGGCCGAUUUCUUCGUACCGCCUGCCCCCCCACCCCCACCUCCAGUGAUCCCCUCCGCCCAGACGGCUUUCGACAGCCCCAUCUCUGCCCCACCUGCUCUUGCGCCCGCUGCCGCUGCCACCUUGGCCCACCCUUCCUACACACCUUCCCCGCCCCCAGCCCCACCCUGCCCAUAUUCUGUAUCUCCUCCGCAGACUGGUCCUAUGGGCCCUCCUGCAGCUCCUCCACCACCCCCUCCCGGCCCCCCAAUGGCCACAGCCUCCCCGGCUCACUCAGCCUCCCCGGGUGCUGUACUCUCUGAACACGGAAACCUCAGAUCCCAUUGA